AUGGCAAUCGCAAACGCCGAGAACACGUCGUCGCUGCUCCCGCUCGAUGGCCGCGUCGCGCUCGUCACUGGCGGCUCGCGCGGCAUCGGCCGCGAGGUGUCCUCCCAACUCGCCGCGCUCGGCGCCAGCAUCGUGAUCAACUACGCGUCCAACUCCAGCAAGGCUGACGAGCUCGUCGCGGAGCUGACCUCGCGCGGCCAGUGCGCCGUGGCCGUCUGCGCGGACGUGUUGGACCCGGACGCCGUGCGCGCGCUCUUAGACCGCGCCGAGGACGCGUUCCGGUCCCCGCCGCACGUUGUGGUCGCCAGCGCUGGCCUCCUGAACCCCAAGUACCCGGCGCUCGCGAACACGACGGUGGAGGACUUCGACGCCAUGUUCGCGGUGAACGUGCGUGGGACGUUCCUCGUGUGCCGCGAGGCGGCCAGGCGUGUCCCGCCAAACAGCGGAGGCCGCAUCGUGACGUUCUCGUCGUCCAUCGUGGGCAUGCUCCUGCCCCGGUACGCGGCGUACACGGCGACCAACGGCGCUGUAGAGGCGAUGACGAGGAUCCUGGCCAAGGAGGUGGCGGCCAAGGGGGUGACGGCGAACGUGGUGGCGCCAGGGCCCAUGCGCACGGAGCUGUUCUUUGCCGGGAAAGACAAGGCGUUCGUGCGGAAGGUCGAGGAGCGGUCCAUGGGCCGCAUCGCCGAAACCACGGACGUGGCAUCGGUCGUCAAGUUCCUAGUGAGCGACGCCGCGUCUUGGGUAAACGGCCAGGUCAUCAGGGUCAAUGGCGGCUUCGCCUAA